UCUCGCCGAACUGUCAGAAUCCGUCCGCAUGGUCUUACCGCUCAGUGCGCCCAUAGGCGUGUUGUUAUGGCAGUUCAUGCCGCCUCGUCCGUGCCUUCCCCGUGCUGACGUCACCAGACGCACAACGAAAUUGGUCCGCCCCCGAGUCCCUAGCUAGGCAACGCGGCAGCGCUGCACGUCUCCUGUCGGUGGUCAGGGCAAUUUUUGCAACUGUCCUCCCCUUUACCCACUUGUACUUCCUCCAUUUGAGCAGUUUCUGUGUCAGUCGUCGGCUGAGAGAGAAGCGUGGGGAGCGAGGCUCUCCACUUUCACGGGGUAAAGAGGCGGUAUGGCGGAGCGGACGUUAGUUAGAAAACAACAGCCAAAGCACAUGAAGCCAAAACAAGAAGGGAGACGAGUGAAGCUCCACCAGCUGGAAGGCAGCAACAACUAGCACGCACAGAAAUCUUACGGAGCUUUUGAAUUCGUUUAGAAAAGCAAAGUUUUUCGUGCAUCAUUUUCUUUGUUUCUAUCUGUGUCGAAUCCAUUUGGACCUGAUACUUUGUAGCUGUCAGUUUGUUUUAAUUUUGUGCUUGUCUUCUUGGCGUUGCCAGUGUCAUUGGGACUCGUGGUUUUUUUCUAUGCUGUUGUUGUUGAUACUUUGUCACAAGUCAAAUUUCCCUCGAAAGUGUUAUUUCUUAGCACAACUCUUUCCCAGCCGCCUCACCGGUUGAGCCCUUUAAUAAUUAAAAAGUAAAUCCGUGGAAGAGUUGGCUUGACAGCAGUCGGCAUGGGAGCCAAACAGAGCAGCCCUGCCGCCAACGGACGGAUGAGGGCUUACUCGGGAUCGGAUCUGCCAUCAAGCACAUCAACUAGUAACGGAAACAGCCGGACUGCAGCCAUGGGUAUGAGGUACGCGUACGGCGGCACGGCUCACGGAGCCUCAGGUGCCACUGCCGCCUCGUCUCACCACAUUGGCUCCCGCACGCGCUCUGUCGGGGGCAGCGGAGGCGGGUCGGGGACCAGACCUCAGUCUGGCAUCAACAUACCCAGCAGCAGGGCGUACAGCUCGCAUGAAUCUGGCAGCAGUACUCCGGAGGAGAGCGGCGGAGACAGCGACAGGUCAGGCGCGGUUCACGGAGGUCCCCGGUUGUUGAUCGGAUCUCUACCGGCACACCUCUCGCCUCAUCUGUUCGGAGGCUUCAAAUGCCCCGUGUGUUCCAAGUUUGUCUCCUCGGACGAGAUGGACCUGCACCUGGUCAUGUGUUUGACCAAGCCAAGAGUGACCUAUAAUGAGGAUGUUCUCAGCAAGGACGCUGGAGAGUGUGCAAUCUGCCUGGAGGAGCUGGUGCAAGGGGACACCAUCGCCCGCCUGCCCUGCCUCUGCAUCUACCACAAAGGGUGCAUUGACGAAUGGUUCGAGGUAAACAGGUCAUGUCCGGAGCACCCCUCUGACUGAGGAGCCGCUGCUCUUUUGCACAGGUCCUGAACUUCCUGGUGCAGACAGAGCGAUCUGCUCCUGUAACAGAUAGCAAUGUGAAUCCCUUUCCCCUCGGCCUGCCGCCCCUUCAGACUGCUGUGACACUGUGACCGCAGCCGUGUACCUGGCAGAGGUGGAGUCGGCCUCCACCCUCCACUCCUCUCUUCCGUAGCAACCUCUCUCCCCAUGUCUCUUUUUCUCUCUCUCUGCUUUUUCACUUGUCACUGUUAGAACAACCUUCCACCUUCCUCUGUGCCAAAAACUCUCUCAAGUAAUCUUCAGGGAAACAAACACACACACACCUAUCUAUGCUGUUGGACUCCAGCUCUCGCUCGAGGACCUCGCGUCUCCUUUCCUGAUAUGACGUGACGGGGGCCUCCAUGUUGAUCUAACUCUGAGGAGACCGGUGUCUGACUGGAGGUUCUCUCUCCUGGAGUGAAAUGAAACAUCUCUACUGCACAAGAGUUGAUCUGAGAAGAGAAGAGGAG